ACAAAUUCCGUGACUCUCUUGAGACCUAUGCUUCGGCUACGAGGAUGAUUCGUCAAGAGCCGAUAGGGGAUAUCAUUAAUUUUGACGAUGGGCUAUUUGGUAGAGCAUCAUUUGAAGUCGUUCGGGAUGAAAUUUUGAAUGAAAUCCUCAAGCACGAUAUGGCGAGCACUAGUUUGAUGACUUUCUACAUGAGUCACCUUUAUACCUCAUUCGUGGUUCCUGGUGGCCUCGAGUCAAAGAUCAAGCUGGUUAAUCCUCAUGAUGUCUCUCCCCACAAUAAUAUUACAAAGGAAGCCCUUGAAAAUCAAGCAAGAAUGCUUUCGGAUCAAUUUCGAGAAAGGGGAGCAGCGAAGGAUACUUUAUUUCUCGCUCCUUACUGCCAAGGGGGACACUGGAUGCUUAUUGUGGUUAAUCCCGUUGCUCCAAAAAUAUGGUAUCUCGAUCCCCUUAAUGGAGAGCCAAGCAACAGGGAAGAUAUGGUGGUACUUUUUAAUGAAGCUGUGGUGUUGUAUCGCACUGCGACCGACAUGACUGUGUCCCCUAAGAUGAGGGCAUUCGAAUCUUCAGAGAAAUGGGUCACUGUUAAGUGUCCAUUCCAGCCAGAUCAGAGCAAUGACUGUGGUUAUUGCUUGAUGAAGUUCAUGAAGGACAUUAUCACUCAUGCCCCUACCACAUUAUCUAACAAGUACUUCGAGGACGUCUAUUGCGUUCGUUAUACGACUGCACAUGUAGAAGAGGUCCUUGAAGAGGUGGCCCAAUGUGUUUUCAAUAUGUGGGUAGCAACAGUAGUUAGGCCGGUACAAUAGUUAGUUACAUUUAUAUACACAUUUUUGGGCCAAUUUUUAUGGGAUAGGCCACUUAAUUUUGAAACAUUAGUUUGCAAAUAAGUUUAGAUUUUAAGGUUAAAUGUAUAGGAAUUUUUAUGUUAAUUAGAUAGGAGAUACUAUUACAAACAUUCAUUAUAUUGCAUUAUUUU